CUCUAGUUUCAGUGCGAAUUACUGUUUCACAUAAAUUCACAGUGCUCAGUACGACAAAAAAAUAUUGAAAACAAUAAUAUAUUAAAAUAAUCAUGGCCGGAAAUAACAUUUUUGUGGGUGGACCAAAUUUAACAGAAUACGUCCAGUGUCCGUACGAUAGCGCACAUCGUAUAUUGCCGGUCCGUUUGGCCUUUCAUUUAAACCGUUGCGCCAAAAACUUCCCAUGCUCCAAGAUGGUACGCUGUCCAUUUAAUACAUCUCAUUUGUACUCGGUUACCAAUAUGCAGGAACAUAUCAUAGAGUGCCCCAAUCGUUCAAAUCUCGAACGCUACAAAAUGCCGGAUAUGUUGCCUCUUGUUGAACCGCCACGCCACGAAUUUAUUGUCGAUUCCGCUGAAAAUUGGGACGACGAUCCACCAGUCCCUACAUACAAUCCCAAAACUUACUGCGAGGAGAAGUUUAUAAUCCGUAAUCCCCAAGGUGCUCCGCCGGCUGCUCGUCGUGAAUUUCGUGAACGCGAACGUAGGCGAUUCACAGCUAAUAAUCAGUUUUAAUGGAAUAAGGUUGUCGAUACAUUAUAUUAUGAUAUAGCCAUAUGUAUAAUUAUCCAUGUUCUUUUAUACAUUUAUGUAUUUUUUAUGUAUUAAUGUACGUACAUAUGUAAUUUGAUACAUUUUCAAGUUGCGACGCCGA